AACUCAGCACCCAGAUCACCCAGCACCCGCAUCACACAGCACAUAGCACCCAGCAUCCAGCACCCGGAUCACCCAACACCCAUAUGACCCGGUUCAUCCAGCACUCAGCACCCGGAUCACCCAGUACCCAGCACCCGGAACACUAGCACCCCAAUCCCAUAUCUGACCCCCAUCGCUGACUCAGCUGAGAUCCCCAUCGCCCCCGCGCAGGCGCACUUCCUUCCUUGACUUCCCCAAAAUGCCAGGGCCGGGUGGGGAGACCGCGCUUAGUCCCCGCGGUGCUCGGUCCCUGCGGUGCUUGGUUUUUAGUACCCGGGUGCUCGGUACCCGCGGUGUUCAGUGCUUAGUACCUGGGGUGAUCGGUGCUCAGUCCGCUAGGUGCUCGUCCCCGCAGUGCUAGGUGCUCAGUCUACGGGGUGCCCAGUGCUUAGUACCUGGUGUACUCGGUCCCCGCGGUGCUGGGUUCCCUCGGUGCUCAGUCCGCUGGGUGCUUGGUUCCAUCGGUGUUCGGUGCUCGGUCACCGCCAUGCCCGGCCCCGCCGCGUCCAUCGCCGUCAUCCUCCUGCUGCAGCUCCAAAUCCGGGAGAGCGCGGGCGCAGGAGGCGGACAAAGCCGGGGACCGGAAGUCCUGCCCCCGGGUCCAGAUUGACAGGCGGAGUUUACAGAUGGGAAGUCCCGCCCCGGGCGCCCAGACUGACAGGCCGGUAGCGGAGCCUAGGGGUGCUCAGUCUCUCCCCGUCGCUGACGUCACCCGUCUCCGCCCCCCAGAGGACGUCACCGUCGUCUGCCGCGACCUGCGCGACGUGGAGGUCACGUGGGACCCCGCUGAGCAUGCGGGGGCUAACCUGAGCCUGACAUGGCGCUACAUCCCAGAGCCCCUGCGGCCCUGCUCCCGGUACUUCCUGUCCGACGGCCUGACUUCCGGCUGCGUCCUCCCCGUGCGCAGCGGACGCCCCCUGGAGAUUGACGUGCGUCUGGGGGCGGAACCUGUGUUCCACCGGAAGGGGCUGGCCUCGGCCUUCCUGAAGCCCCGCCCUCCCGACAAACUCACUCUCCAUUGGCUGGAGGAUGCCAUCCGUGUCACAUGUCCUGCCCUCCCCCAUGUCGGCCUCGAUUAUGUCAUCCAGCACCGCGGGAUGGGGGACACGGACUGGGUGGCCUCCGCCCCAGCGCCCUCCUGUGAUGUCACCGUGGGCGGAGUCGACCGCAGCGCCUGCCUUGCCUUCAGGGUCCGGGCAUUCCCGCGGGAAUCUUUCUAUGGCAGCGAAGUGCAGCCUAGCGAUUGGAGCCCCGUGACACAAUGGAGGGCUGGUGACGCCAUGGGUGUGGGGAAUGGCUCCUGCCAGGCUCUGCCCUAUUCCGGGUUCCCAAAGCUCCAGGUCGCCUGUGGCCUCGUGACCCUGUUGACAUCACUGCUCCUGCUGCUGGCACUGUGGAGGGUCAAGCGCGGCCUCCUCCCCUGGGUCCCCGACCCCAGGGGUGGCUUCCAAGGACUGUUUGAGCAACAUGAUGGGAACUUCCAGGCCUGGAUUGCGCAGGACGUCUCUCCGCCCCCGAAGCCCGAAGCCAUUGACCCCAUUGACCCUGCUGAGGUGGCCCUGGUUCUGGAGCAGCAUGGGAAGGGCGCGGCACCCGACCCAGCCUUGGGGUCUCCCGGGCUCCCCUGCCAGUGCCCGAGGGACAGGGACCUGGUGAGGGUGGGCGGGGCCACCUUCGUGAUGGAUGGAGGCUCUUACAUGACCCUGUGACCCCGACGUGACCCUGCUGUGAUCCCGGCAGCCAUGAUGAAAGAAGGCACUCGCAGUGCAUGCUGGGAAGAGGGAAAAUUUCUGGGUCUGUGCGUUUCUAGUAAAACAUCACAUGUGAGUCUCAAGAA